GCCAAUUGGUGAGUGGAGUUGAUCGAGUCGACUCAGAAGUUGCUGCGAUUCACCGUUUUACCGUCGGUGAAUUCCACAACGGCCAAUCUCUCUCCUCCACACGCGCCGAUCACCAUCUCUCUCUCUCUCUCUCUCUCGCGAUGUUUGGUCAUCAUACCCAACCCGAGAUUAACCCUAAUCAGAUCGGCAGCAGCUCCGCCACCGUUGGCGAAGACCAUGUCUCCGCCUCCGCUGGUCACAUUCCUUACGACGAUAUGGACGAUAUCCCUCAUCCCGAUUCCAUCUACGCCGCCUCCGAUUUGAUCCCCGAUGGCUCUCACUUGGUUCCUCACCGAUCCGAGGGAUCUGAGUUACUAGGUUCACGGCCGAUGGAGGGAGCUACUCAGCUAACGAUCUCGUUCCGUGGUCAAGUUUACGUUUUCGAUGCUGUUGGUCCUGAAAAGGUUGAUGCUGUGUUGUCGCUAUUGGGUGGUUCUACUGAGCUCUCUUCUGUGCAGCAGGGGAUGGAGCUGGCUCCACAGAAUCAUAUGCCUGCUGUUGUGGAAUACCAGAACCGCUAUAGCCAUCCACAACGGGCACAGUCAUUGGAUAGGUUUCGGAAGAAGAGGAAUGCUAGGUGUUUCGAGAAGAAAGUACGAUAUGGUGUUCGCCAGGAAGUGGCGUUAAGAAUGGCACGUAAUAAAGGUCAAUUCACCUCUGCAAAGAUGACCGAGGGGGCUUAUAACUCGGGCACAGAUCAAGACUCUGCACAAGAUGAUAGCCGUCCAGAAAUACUGUGUACUCAUUGCGGUAUUAGUUCCUCAUGUACACCGAUGAUGCGACGUGGACCUUCAGGCCCCAGAACUCUCUGCAAUGCCUGUGGACUCUUUUGGACUAACAGGGGUACAUUGAGAGAUCUCUCUAAGAGAACAGAAGAGAAUCAGAUGGCAAUAAUAAAACCUGUCGAAGGUGGGAGUGUUUCUGAUGCUAACAACUCGAACUGUGAACCUGCAACAGUCGAAGGACACGCUGCCUUGGUUUCUCUUGCUAAUGGGGAUCAAUCUAAUCUGUUAGGUAAUCACUAAACACUGUGAUAAGAAUCAGAAGAUAGACGAGAUCCUUGUAGUAUCAGCUGUUCAUCUGUAUGAUUUUAUCUCCUCACCACCACAUGUAUUAUAGAGACCAUAACCGAACACAAAAAAUCGAAUUUACAAUAUCAGAUGUUAAUGGUUUCAAAAGCUUGAUGAUUGGAAUUGUGUUGCACUGUGUGUGUAACCAUUAUCCAAUAUAAGAGUGAAUAUCUU